AUGCCAAACAAGAUGAAGCUUCAUGGGCUCAACACGAUGCAUACAUCAGGAAUCUUCUCUGAUAUGACAGUCGAUGGGCCUGAGAUUGGAACCCUAGUUGUAAUAGUUGACCGCGCAAAAAAUCUCCCUAACAGAAAGACUAUCGGAAAACAGAACCCAUACUGUGCGGCAAGGCUUGGAAAGGAAGCUAAGAAAACGGAGACGGACCAUCGUGGCGGCCAAACCCCAAAAUGGGACCAGGAGCUACGAUAUACGGUUCAUGAUUCGCCUGAUUAUUACAAUCUGAAGGUAUCAGUUUUCAACGAUGAUAAAAAGACAGAUCUUAUUGGAGAAACCUGGGUUGAUUUGAAGGAAGUUAUAGUUCCAGGUGGCGGGCAAAACGAUAUAUGGCAUAACUUGAGCUGCAAAGGUAAAUAUGCUGGUGAGAUAAGGAUUGAGAUCACCUAUUACGAUACAAGACCGAAACAAGAGAAGAUCGAAAAGACUAAACAAACCCCGUCAAACGGCCAUGAAAGUGUGAGCAAAGCUCAAGUUUCGAGCGGACAAAGACAACCAAAAUCAACAGUAAAACGCAGGCCUCUACCUUCUGAUCCCACAACAGGAGAAACCACUACAAAUUUUACAACGAGCAUUUCGGAGCGUUCAGGCAGAAGACCGCCACCACAUGAUCUUGUCACAAGCGAAACAGGCUUAGCAAGUUUUCAGUCGAAGACUUCAGAUUUUGCUCAGAGUCCAUCUCGCCAAGUGCUAGAACUCGAUCAGAAUUCAUACCGAGACUAUCGAGAAUCAUUAAAUUCUGUCCAAGAUUAUGGUCAUUCACCUCGGGAUUCACAGGAACCUUCCCCAAGAGCAGCUCAUAGAUACAGCACACGAGUGCAAGAGAGAAACCAAAGAUUAAAUCCCCAAUGCCCAUCUCAACAGUCUAAAGUCCCCGAAAAUUUAUAUAACCCACGCUAUUCGACAAAACAUCAAGGAGAAUAUACCAACCCUCUGGGAUCAACUACAUCAGUAAACUUAGUACAAAAUGAUCGAUAUAUGGAACAGGAACUUAUUUCGCGGAAUGAUUUCACACAAAACAUGGGGAGAAAUUGGACCGGAAUGACAGAGGACAAUAAUUCUCAGGAGCAAUAUCUUCCACAAAACAUAACAUAUCAAAUCCCGACAUCAGAGCAUUUUGAUGCGUCUCCGCCAAGCCCAGAUGGCCCUCCUCCUCCACCUCCAAUCCAUAGAAGCAUGAAUUCGCAUGGUGUGGCUGGACACUCCUCUCCGGCAGUAACCCCUCGAAGAAGCUAUGUAUUUCCCGCUGGAAUACCCGUAUCUCCUAGCUACGCCUCGCCAAUAAACGAUUCAAAAUUUACUCCGCUGGUACAUGAAAGAAACAGUUCAUAUCAAGCUUACAGUCCCCAAAGAGACCAAGAAAAAUACCAACCAUCACCUAACGGAAGUUAUCAAGAAUCUCCUACACAACACCAUUCUUAUAAUUCUAGAUAUGAUGGAUCUUCGUCUAUGCAGCCGACUGUUGAAGAUGCGCCACCAUCGCCUAGCUCCGGUAGGUAUUACUCACACCGUAAAAAUUCAGAAUAUCAACCCUCACCUUGUAAAAGUAAUAAAUGCGAACAAAUUGUCGCUCCAAUUCCUCGGAGACUAGGUAAUAGACAAAGUUUUUCUUCUGAACGUCGAGGAUCAUCUUCCGGGUCUUCACAGCAGUACUCCAAAAGUUCAAACGAUCUUUCAUCCAUCAACUCUCGGAUGUCAUAUAUAGAUCGAUCUGCUGAAACAUCGGACUCAUCAAGACCAGGAUCUAAAACCUCAGCCUGCCAGGAAUCAAGAUUAAGAGGGCAGUUUGAACAUCAUGGCCAAGAGAGAGCCAAUUAUGGGAUGCCCAAAGUUCCCGUAACCUUAGUUCCAGGAAUGGACCCUGCUAUAGCACAAGAGAUUGCAGACCGGAUAUAUGACGAGAAAAGAAACAACGCCUGGGCAACGUCUGAAAACUCUUCUCAAAGCAGGCAUCAAAAUCAUCUACACCAAGAGCAUGCUCAAGCUCGUAAAAUAUACAAUGAUUCUAUCUCAGAACAUGGCAAACAUAAAAAUAGAACCUCAGAUGUCAACCUACCAAAGCAUAAGUCAGGUACCACAUCUUCUGAAGCACGCCGCACUCAAACAAACCGAAAAUCUGUUAGUCCAUCACCAAUACGACCCGGUGCUCAGCGAAUGAACUCUGGUGUCCCAUUUGGGCCGGAGUCAUAUAAUGCUCUGAACCCAAAUAUGUCCAACUCUGCAUCGAACACCUGCCUAAGCGCUGCUUAUAAUACUAAUACAAAAGAUGAGGCCAAGAUUAUCACCCCUGACGGUAGAGAGAUAGACCCAAGUGAUCACAUUCCAGAAUCGAAUUACGCACCGCUACUUGAGAGUAGGAGCUCUAAGAAGCCGCCUCAUACGUCUGAUCAGAUCUACAAGCAACAUUCGAGUGCGCAGCAACCAACAGCAGUAAAUGGUCGCAGGCCACUUCAGCGAAUUACUCGCCCACCAAUAACAAGCACAUCCUCAGCACCCCAUACUAGCGCAAAUUAUGUGGCAACAAAUUCUGUCCCUCAAAACAACCGAACUCGUCUUCAAAAAAUAUCAACUCGUAUUUCCGCCAAUCAAGUAAAACAAUUACCCACCCGAGGUAUAAACUCUACCCAUGCAGGAAAUUCUCAAGAUAUGUACUACAGUAACCAGCCUGAAUUCGUUAGUACUCGUGAUUCCAACAGCUUUCCAAGAGCUCAAACAAUGGAAUAUCAGUCUGCCGAUAAUUUUACCAUACAAAAUUACGGCGUCUGCACUGGCGCUAAUGGCUAUGGAUUCCCUGAUUCGGCUUGCACAGUAGGUAGUGGUACGGAGCAAUGGUCACUUUCUGACGAAAUGCGAAGAAUAGACCUUUAUAGUGGUAGGGCUUCGAGCAGAGGUUAG